UAUGUUUUAACAAAAAAGGGCUAUACUCAGUUUGGUUUCCAAUAACAUUUUCUUUUAGUUUUCAGACCUAAAGCAUUGAUUUAGUUGUGCCCAAACAGAGCACUACUCCAAAUUUCUCCAUUUUAUCUAUUUUUCUGUAAGGUUUUUGAGAAGCAAUCCUAUUGCAGAUUCAUCCUAUUUUUCUGGCUGAUCUUGAUUCCAUCUCUUCCAACAUUCGUUCAGGGUGAUAUUUUUAACACGUUCAAAAGGAUCACCUUAAGCACCCUGAGUAUUCAACAGAAAAGGCAUACAAGGACCCAAUAGUACAACUGAAGGCUGAGCGCCAGCGGAGGCCUCCCCCACCCCCCAUUGGUGACCAGCCUGGCUGGCUAGUUGUGAGAGUGCAAUUUGUCUUCAGUUGAAGAUGCAUUCUGUAAAGCCCAGGCUUGUUGUUCCAUAUGGCCUCAAGACUUUACUGGAAGGAGUGAGCAGAGCUGUUCUCAAAACCAGUCCAAGCAACAUCACUGAAUUUGCAGCUCUUUACUUCAGAGAGCUAAUUGCAUUUAGAGAAGAAAAUCCUAAUUUGGAUAUAACAGACCUGGUUAGAGAAUUUCAUUUUACUAGAGUCGAGGGCUGGACAGAAAGACUGCCAGAAAAGAGACCUGAUCUUGGAGACCUAAGUGCCGUGUCUCCACUUACUGAGGAACCGAAACGAAAGGAAAAAUCCACAGACACAGAGGAGGACCAGCUGCAUGAAGGCCCUGAACCUGAAUACAGCAGCAAAACUACUCAGUACCCAUCGACUCACAGUGACCUUGUAGAAAAUGAGCCAUCCCCUACAGGACCAGAAUCCUCCCCUAAGGGACCGGAACUUGCCUAUGUUCCAGCUGAUCCUGCCCAGCUUGCUGCACAGAUGUUAGGUAACACUGAUUCUGUUCCUUCUUUGAAGGAUGUGGCAACAAGCGUGCAGACUCUUCCUGAAGUAUGUCUGAGCGCAGAGGACACAACAGCUGCACCAGUAGAGGGUGCUGCUGCUGAAGAUGCUCCACUUUCCCCAGCCGCUGAGGGUUCUGCACAUUCUGUUAAACUGAAGUCAGGCACCCAGAGUCAGGCGUCCGUUGCCGCGGCCCAGAGUCAGGCGUCCGUUGCCGCGGCCCAGAGUCGGGCUUCUGUUGCCGCAGAGUCCUCUACUGCCAUAAGGUCCUCCAGCAGUCAGGUUGAACGAACAACAAGUGAUGUAAACCAAGCUUCCUCAACCCCCUUGCAGGAUGAACCACCACCAGCACCACCACCUCCUCCUCCUCCACCACCACCAAUACAGGCUGUGUCUUCCCAAAGCGAAAUUGAGGUUACAUCAAACAUUCAGGCUAUGUCAAUACAUACUGAUGAUGAGCUCACUACUAAAGGAGAAGUUCCACCUUAUAUAGAGCAGUUCCCACAGCAAAUAGUAAUUCCCUUUUUAGAACAAGUAGCUUGUCUGAUAGAGAUUCAGCAGCCACUAAUGCCUUCACUAAAUGCAGGUCAGUUUACAUGCGCUAAGCUUUUAGAUCCAUCUGCAGAUGAUGCAGAAUGUGACCCUGAAAGAAUGGAAACUACUGCGCAAAUGGCAUCAGCUGAGCAAGGUUUUAUUAUGUCAGCAAUGGCAACAACCGAAGCAGGACAACCACCACCAUAUUCUAAUGUGUGGACACUCUAUUGUCUAACUGAUUUGAAUCAACAAGGUCGAAAGUCACCACCACCCCUUCCUCCUGCUGGAACUGGUGCUCCUUAUCCCCAAGCAACCCUCUAUAUAUCUAGUGGGAAGGAACAACAGCCGUUCCUACAACAGCAGCUGCCACCACAAGGUCCACCGCCACAAGUAUCCUCUCCAACUUAUGUGAUGGAAGAAGGCAAGAGGGGAAAUGCACCACCCUUCAUUUUAGUGGGCUCUACUGUUCAGAAUGUACAGGACUGGAAAUCUAUUCCUGGCCAUGCUGUUCUUGCACAGCAUGAGACAAGUGCUGUGAGGAGAUUCACUACCGUACCCAUACCAGUUGCCAGACCAGCAGAUCUGAAAAUGGCCACUCCAAGCCCCAAUUCUAAUUCUGCACAAGAAACUGCUAGACCACCAACCCCAGUUUUUCUUUCAGUUGCCAUCCCCUUGGAUGAUGUAAUGGCUGCAAAGAGAGGUGCAGCUGGUGACAAACAAACAGGCAUAAAUCCCUUUGCAGGAAGCUAUGGUAUAGCAGGCGAGAUUACAUUUACUUCUGGCCCGGUCCGCAGAGCAGACUCAUAAGGUUGAAAGAAGAUGUCAUGUUAACUUCACCCUGAGAUGGAAAUCUGCAACUUAAAAUAAAUUAACUUAAUACAAGCACUCAAAAACUA